CAAAUUAAAGGGAAAUGGAUAAGAGGAAGAGGAGGAUUCCAUUUCCAUUCCUCAUCGGCAUUGAGAUGAGAACGGCCCAGAGCUGAUGCUCUUUCCCGCGCCAACCAAUGUCUUUUCUCCUCUCUCCGCUUCCUUGCUCUUCUUUCUCGCCGACUAAGCCUCCCUAUGCAUCGCCCCUUCAAGCUCUCUCCUCGUCCACCACGCCCUCUUCCUCCUCCUCUUCCUCCGCCGCCGCCGUCAUUGUCGGCGCAGGAUUAUCCGGCCUAGCCGCCGCUAUCCACCUCGCCUCCACCUCCGUUCCAUUCCUUCUACUCGAGGCCUCCGACGGCGUCGGCGGUCGCGUUCGCACCGAUUCCCUCGACGGCUUUCUCCUUGAUCGCGGUUUUCAGAUUUUUCUCACCGCCUACCCCGAGGCUCGCCGCCUCCUCCACUACCCUUCACUCCGCCUGUGCCCCUUCUAUCCUGGCGCCCUCGUCUUCCAUGCCGGAUCCCUCCACCGCGUCGCUGAUCCCUUCCGCCGCCCCAUCGACGGCAUUGCGUCCCUCGUCAACCCCAUCGGAUCCCUCCCCGACAAGCUCCGGAUCGGACUCACCCGCCUCGUUGCCGCCUCCCGUACCGACGACCAACUCCUCUCCGCUCCGGAGACUACCAUCUCCACGCGCCUCUCCGCCUCCGGAUUCUCCCCUUCCAUCGUCGAGCGCUUCCUCCGCCCCUUCCUCGCCGGCAUCUUUUUUGACGCCGACCUCGCCACGAGUUCCCGCCUCUUCGACUUUGUCUUAAAGUGUCUCGCUCUCGGAGAGAACGCCCUGCCGUCUAACGGCAUCGCUGACAUUCCUAUUCAGCUCGCAGCGCGUCUUCCCCAGGGAUCUCUCCGCCUCCGCUCGCGGGUAGCGUCGGUGGACCCAGGCGGCGCAGCCGUUACGCUCGAAGGCGGCGAAGUGGUUCCCGCCGACCUAGGGAUCAUCGUGGCCGUCGACCAGCCGGAAGCGCAGAGACUGGUGCCUCAGUUUCUGGCGCCUAAGAGCAAUAAGAGCCGCAGCACGGUGUGUAUCUAUUUUUCUGCCGACCGGUCGGCAAUCGAGGAACCGAUCCUGGUCCUGAACGGUUCCGGCAAGGGCAUCGUGAACAACAUGUUUUUCGCCAGUAACGUGGCGCCGUCGUAUGCACCGGAGGGUAAGUCGCUGAUCUCUGUCUCUUUGGUGGGAUCCUUUCCGGAGCGGUCGGACGAGGAGCUGGCAGCGGAGGUAGUUCGCGAGCUCGGCGGGUGGUUCGGAGCUGAAGAGGUUGGACGGUGGAGUCACCUGCGCACUUACCGGAUCGGGUUCGCUCAGCCGGACCAGACACCGCCGACGAACUUGGCAGGUCGAGAUCCGAGGUUGGGACCGGGGCUGUACAUCUGUGGCGACCACUGGAGCUCUGCCACCUUUGACGGGGCCUUGGUCUCCGGGCGUAGGGCUGCCGAGGCGCUGCUCAACGACCGCGAAUUGGUGCAGGUGUGAACUGCACUGCUAUGCCUCAGUCUUCGCUCACUUUACAUGACCUUCAAUUCAAUUCUGUAUUUACGUUUAGCGUGUGUAAGAAAAGCUUCCGUUUGUUACCAAUUCAAUUCUUCA